AUGCCCUGCUGCUUCUGUCUGUACAUGGGCAGCAUCAUUUCAUUUCUUCGUAACUUCAAAGACGCCAUAUCGCGCCUGGCUGUUGCGCUCGAACUGGUCGUUGAAGAGGCAUUCACUGUGCUGGUCGUGGUCGACGUCGAGAUCGACGUUGAUGUUGAUUCUUCAGAACUAGUCGUCGAAGAUUCUGACGUGGAUGUCGCCGUCGAGGACUGCGAAUCGGAUGACACUGAUGAUGAAGCCAUCGAAGACAUGGUGUUAGAAGCCUGGCUUGCCGAUGUUUGGGAAGCAUUCGUAUUGGAGGCUGCGCUGGCAGUCGAGGCUGAACUGGUUCGGGUUGUCAUUGUUGUCGUGGACGUUGCUCCGCAUAGAAAGAUCACCCCACUUCCCUCAAAGAACAUUCCCAAUAGUGAGGAUGAAUCGGCCGAGUCUCGGGUGCAAGCUUGCUGA